ACUAAGAGAACUAAGAAGGUUGGUAUCACCGGUAAGUUCGGUGUCAGAUACGGUUCUUCCUUGAGAAGACAAACCAAGAAGUUGGAAGUCCAACAACACGCUAAAUACGACUGUUCUUUCUGUGGUAAGAGAACCGUGCAAAGAGGUGCUGCUGGUAUCUGGAGCUGUAAGUCUUGCAGAAAGACCGUUGCUGGUGGUGCUUACACCGUCUCCACUGCUGCUGCUGCCACCGUCAGAUCUACCAUCAGACGUUUGAGAGACAUGGCUGAAGCUUAA